CAUCUCCAUGCGACCAGGGGACGAUGUGAAGCCGGUCCUUGACAAGAUCAAGGACACCUAUGCAAGGAUGGCAGCAGCGGGCAGCAGUGUAUCUCAGCUGCAGCAGUGCACCAAGAUCAUCUCGGUGUUGGACAACUCUUGGGACAACCUCAUCCCCACCCUCAACUCUCAGCAAGAUCAAUGGACACCUGAGUGGCUAAGGCAGCAGAUUCUGCAGGAGGACUUCCGCAGACGCCAUGUGGGAGGCGGUGCUGCCACUAAGACUGCUGAGGGGUAUGGAGCUGCAGGGCGCGGCAGAGGAAGAGGGGGUUGGAGAGGCCGAGGCCGUGGGAGGAGCUUUGGCAGAGGUAGAGGCCGAGGUGACUAUAAUGAGGGGCAUGGGAGCUCCAGUGGCAGGGGGAGUACCAGAAUGGAGGGCACCUGCUGGUACUGCAAGAAGGUCGGGCAUCCUUGGUUCAAGUGCUUCAGCAGGCCGGAGGGAUGGGCACCUCCAGGCAUGAAGCCGCCAAGUGGUGAACGCGCACAAGGUGGCGCUGUGCAAGAUGAAGGUGCACAAGGUAACGCCUAUCCUGGGAUGUAUCUCAUGGUUGAGGAUGUGCAUGGGCAUGAGGGUGAUGUGGGAUCUGUCGGAAAGGUUGUGAUGCACCCUCUCACGCACUGGGUGAUUGAUUCGGGUUGCACCAGUCACAUGACCCCACGGGCAGAUUUGCUUGAUGAGGUAAAACCCCCUGGGAAGAUCAAGUAUGUGGCAGCAGCGUCAGGUGCUUUGCUCCCCGUUAUUGGUGUUGGGAAUGCCAAGGUUAAGGGAGCUAAUGGGGAGCUUGUGGGGCUUGGGAAUGUUCUGCUGGUUAAAGGCUUGUCUGCUAACCUUCUCUCUGUGCGGCGACUGCAGAAGAGUAAGGCCGAAGUGACCUUUGGACCAACCAGCUGCCGUGCUAAGCUUGGGAAGAAGGUGCUGUGGAGUCUGGAAGAGGAGACCAGCUGCAUCAAGGACCUGUGGCAGCUGCCCAUCAUCCCUUGGAAUGGGAAGACUCCAACAGCAGCAACGGCAGCAGCGGCAAAGGCAACAGCAGGAGGAGAUGCAACUGCACCAACUGAUGGGGUCCUGGAAGCAGUCAAGAAAGUGCAGAAGCAGCAGACACAUGGUGAGGUGCUUGCUGGUGUGGAUGCGAGUGCGGCAUGGGCUAAGGCUUCAUCAAGGAGUGGAGAGGCCGAUUGGGAGACAUGGCAUGAGAGGUUGUGUCAUGUGAACUUCCCUAUGCUGCAGAAGUUGGUGAAGAAUGGGAGCCUGAAGGGCUUGGAGGUGAAAGGGGAAGUGAAGGAGAUUGGGAGCUGCCCUACAUGCUUGGAGACCAAGUUCUCCAAGUUCCCCUUCAACAGUGCAACAGGACCAGCCAAGACCCCACUUGCACUUGUGCACAUGGAUGUGGUGGGGCCCACAAGAGCCCCUUCCCUCUCAGGCAGCCGCUAUUUCUUGACAAUUGUGGAUGACCACACUCGGGCAGUGUGGGUUUACCCUUUGAACAGCAAGGGGGAGGUGGCAGCGGCUGUCCUUAAGGAGUGGAUGCCUAGAGCUCAGAGGGAAUGCGGACACAAGGUGAAGGUGAUCCGCAGUGACAAUGGUGGGGAGUUCAUUGGAGCUGAUUUUGAGGGGGAGUUGAAGAGGAAGGGGAUCCAGCAUCAACUGACAGUGCCCUACAAUCCGCAGCAGAAUGGCGUGGCUGAGAGGUUCAACAGGACCCUGCAGGAGGGGGCACGCACUCUCCUUGGGCGUGCAGGGCUACCUGAUCCGUUUUGGGUGUCUGCACUGAGGCAGGUCGCCCUUGUGAAGAACAGGGUGCUGGCUACAGUUGGAGAUAAGGAGUGGAUCCCAUAUAUCAAGUGGUAUGGGAGUGCUCCAGCUGUGAACAUGCUGAGGGCAUUUGGGUGCAUGGUAGUGUUUCAUGUGCCUAAGGAGAAAAGAGGGAAGUUGGAGGCUUCUGGAAGAUGGGGUGUGCACUUGGGGAUUGCAAAGGAUCACAAGGGAUGGCUGCUAUGGGACUUGACCACCCAGAAGCUGACAGUGUCAAGGGAUGUGAAGUUUCUUGAGUCCCUGUACUACAAGGAAUGGAAGCAGCAGCAACAGAAGCUUCCAUCUACACCGCUCAUUGUGGAGGCAGAUGAGGUGCAGCAGCCUUCAAGACAGGUGGAGGUUGCAGUGUCAGAGGAGGAGAUGUCUGGGGUGACUGAGGAAGGGGGAGCAGCUGAAGUAGUGGAGCAGCAACAGCAACAUGAGUCUCCACCUCGAGUUCCACACCCGCCUGAGCGACCUAGGAGGGAUGUGCGCCCUCCUGUGAGGCUGACCUAUGGGGGAAGAGGCAAGCCAAAUGUGGUGCAGGCUGGGAGUGUGGUUGAGCAGAUUGAGGAAGAUGAGAUCGCUCACUGCUACUGGGCACCAAUCCCUGAGCCCAAGACUCGAGAGGAGGCCUUGAAUGGACCAAAUGGGGAGAAGUGGAAGGCGAGUGAGGAUGAGGAGUUCGGGUCCCUAAUUGAGAACGAGACAUGGGACCUGUGUGACUUGCCUCCUGGAAAGAAGGCAAUCACUUCCAAGAUGAUCUACAGGCACAAGUAUGGACCUGAAGGGGAGCUGACCCGCUACAAGUCUAGGCUUGUGGCACGGGGGUUUCAGCAGACAAAGGGGAAGGACUAUGAUGAGGUAUUUGCUCCUGUGGGGAAAGGAACAACACUGAGGGUGCUGUUGGCGAUAGCUGCACUCCUGGGAUGGAAGAUACGGCAGAUGGACAUUGUGACUGCCUUUCUGAAUGGGAUCAUUCUGGAGGAGGUGUACAUGAAGCAGCCAGAGGGGCUGGAUGAUGGGAGCGGCAGGGUCUGCAGGCUGAAGAAGGCAAUCUAUGGCCUUAAGCAGGCGCCUCGUGCAUGGUAUCACAAGUUGGAGGAGGCGCUGGUGGCUGGGGGUUUCAAGAAGAGUGAGUGUGACCCCAGCCUGUUCCUGCUGCAGGAGAAGGACGAAAUCCUCAUGCUCUUGGUGUAUAUGGAUGAUAUCCUUCUCUUUUCUGCAUCCACUGCUUUGCUGGACAGCGCAGAGCAGAUGCUGGAGAUGCAGUUCAAGUGCUCCAAGAUGGGUGAGGUGAAGUACUACUUGGGGAUGCAUGUGGAGAGAGAUGUGGAGAAGGGUGUGCUGAGGUUGCACCAGAGGAAGUACUGUGAGGGGCUGGCUGAGAAGUAUGGGCUGCAAGAUGGGGGAAAGCCAGCAACACCACUACCUUCAGGGUUUACUGUGGAGCCAUGUGCUGAUGAGGAGGUAGUGGGUGAGAAUUCUUGAACUUUGAUUGAACUCUUGAGAUUGAGUUAAGUU